AAUUUUUCCGCAAAAUGGAUGAAAGGAGACUUAGUCAAGUUAGUUAUACCAAUGUAAAUGAGGAAGAAAGAUAUCUCCAGCCUAUUUCAGAGCCUGACCAAGAUAACAUCCCUUGAGAACGAGAUUCUAAAUUUAUUACUGAAAUGGAUGAGAAUCAAAGAAGAGUAGCAAAUGCUUUACUGAAGAAUACACUCAACCAAGAAUUUGAUGAGGCUAUUAAAGAGAAUGAGAAGCUAGCUGCUAAUUGCAAGGAGAUUCUUACUCGUAAGCUAGAUAUGUUCAAAAUUACCCUCGCAGAGCUCGCUAAAAGGAAAGGACUGUCUCAAAAAUAAGAAUUAUGGAUUUAAAGACCAGUAUUUCCAUCGAUCAAAAUUGCUCGAGAGCCAGAUGAAUAACCCAAGUUUUACCACAGAAGAGAUGACACAGAUAAAUAUCCCGAUCUUGUUAGAACAGGAAAGGUUCUUCCUUGAGCGUGAUGAGUUCGGACAUGCUAAUGAUUUACUCUCUUUUCACACAAGGUAUCAGAAAGAGCAUCCUAAUUAUGGGAGAUAUUUGACAAAUUUUAAAGACAAUGUAGCUCCAAAAAUUAUCGGGGAUGAAAUUAUCACCCAAGACACUCAAGGCAAGUAUGUAGUUUAUAAAAAUAAGCCCAAGACACAGAAAUAAGGACAUACAACUGAUGACUGAAAAACUUGGCAGUAUGGAUAUUGAAGAAAGGAAAGAACUCAGAGAUGCCCAAACAUCGCCCUUCUCAGCUCAAUUUUAUCAAGAAGAGUUUUACAACUCAGAUAAAGAGGAACAUCAGAGAACUGACAAGCAGUCAAUUCGGAUGAAUUUUUCUACAUCAAAAGAUGAAGAGAUGGUAGAUUCUGGCUGCGGAGGAAUAACUCCUCACCAAAAACUCUCUGACAACAAGAACUCUACCUCUGGAAAGGAGGAUUCAGAAUCUGAGAAGGAAAAUUUUGAGUCUGACAAACAGAAUAUUCAAUCUGCUGAGCCAAAGACAAAGCCAAAACCAAAAACAAAGCCAAAACCUAGAGGAAAGAAGAAGAAAACUCAAAGGAAAACUAAUGUUAUUGAUGAGGAGAAUAUUCUAUCUAAAGGUGCAGGCGUAAUGACUAGAGCAAGAAGAAAACAACUUGCUAACUCAAAAGUUUAA